CAAACAGCGUUCCUUGGCCCCUCUGCCCUCGUGUUAUCUCGAGCGCUGCCUCACACUUCCUCCCAGCCAGUGUGUCGGGCCGCUGCCCCGCGUCCCUUCUCUUUCGGGACUCAUCAAGCCUCAUUUUGACGCUACCUAGGCUCCCUUUGGGCCGGAUCGGUCACCUGAGAGCCCUGCGGGCGCUGUAUCUAGCUGAAGCGCCACCCGGUGGGAUCGCCACUGGCGCCCUGCGGCGACGCCGCCCGCUCCCUCUCGCCCCUCGCUCUAUGCCUAUGGCUGCUGGCGGUGCCCACCCCCUGGCCAUUGCCCUGGCACUGGUGGUGCUCGUCGCGCCGGCUCGUGUUGCGGCGGCCUGUACCAACAACACCGUCAACGGCAAGCUACAGUGGCCCGCGUACAGCAACUUCGUGGUCCUCGCCACAGCCACGCAGGACUGUGGCUUCAAGAACAACACGCCCUGCAACUCCUGCUACCUCUACCGCACGUAUUCGCAGCCUGCAGCCGGGGCAGGCAAGCUGUGGUCCUUCAGCACACCUGGGAAGCCCGGCGUGCCCCCGAAUGCCUCCACCGUGGUGAAAUACGACCACAUACUGGUGAUGCCUGCCAGGGGCUGCCGCGGCGUCGAGGAGUGGCGCACCACUAAGUGCGGAAGAGAGGACAGCUGGGAUCAGGCAUGGAGCCUUGUGCGGGCAACGCAGGCCAAACGGACCAAGGCGUUUGCUAUCAACGCCACCAAACGCCGCACUAUGCAUCAGGUGCACAGUGAGGAGUGGGCUGAGUGUCUGCUCCGAUGCAAGACGGAGUGCCAAUCAAAGGCUGGCAUCAAGUGCCCGUGA